AUGUCGUCUCGGUCGUCUCGCUCUGCCAGCAUACCCAUCCCCGCUGGGUCGUCGCACCCGGCGCGUAGCAUGCUCGAUGAUGCUAUCCCCAUCCCUUUCGCCCGUUCUAAUAAUUCCGUCAAUCCCGCCCGCCGUGCCAGCGCCAUCGCAGGCAGCCCCGAGGACCGCAGGCGUCGUGGACCCAGCCUAAGCCCGGUUCGCAGCACGAUCAGCACAUCGCCCUCGGUGCGUCCGAUUGUGGGAAGCUACUCCUCCAUCGCUUCUUCCACAGGACGCGGACUGCGACCCGGCGCGCACCCGAAUUCUCCCACCAACAUCAGUCCUGCGGCAUCAUUCCAGCCGCGCAUUAUACGCGCUGCGAGCUCGCCCGUCGCCCAGCGGGAUCCCGCGGCGUGCCUGCCCGCUCCUUCAGUCCCAGAGAUUCCGGCGUUGACUUCACCCAUUCGUCCGCGUCGCUUGAGCGCUGGACCACGUUCCGGCCUGACACCAUCUGCGCCGCGCCUCUCAGCGUCGCUUCCUGCCGGGAUGCAUGUCGACGUAGUGCCCAACCAUAGCAUCUUGACGCCGCCUGCCCACGCACACAACAGCAACAGCUUCCCGCGUCCUGCAUACCUAGAGUACUCUGCGCUCCGCGAUCUGCUUCUCGCUGAGCCAGUGGUGUCGCCGCACGUGUACCGCACCUCCACUAUCUCCGCCCCAGUUGCGUCGCAUGGCCAAGCGCCGCGUCCGGGGCCGUAUCCAUAUUUGCGGCGGUCGCUCACCCCUGUGAUGGACAGCGGUUCGGAGGGCACGCAUAGUCCAAGCCCACCGCCACAGGCCCCGAGCACGACGACUGGACAGCGCAUCUCGAUGACGGAUUUCCGGCUACCCACGCGGUGGAGCGAGCAUGAUCGGGCUCCGCAACUGAGCGUAUCCGCAGAUGGACGCGAGCUGACAUUCACCGGCCAUUCAUUUACCGGGGAUCGUGAUGCGGCGGCGGCGCGUGCGAAUCAUUGGAUCCCGCCUGCUUGUGGGAUAUACUACUACGAGGUCGAGAUUUUACAUCGAGGUUCGAAAGGCCAUAUCAGCAUCGGAUUCUCCGCUCCAAAUGUGCGUUUAGUGCGUCUUCCCGGGCUGGAGCCAUUGUCGUGGGGAUAUCAUGCGGAUGAUGGAUGGGUGUUCGCCGGGCAGAAAGACGGCUCGCCGUACGGACCGACAUAUGACUCUGGAGAUGUGAUCGGAUGCGGGAUUGAUUUCAGCCAGAGCCGCGUAUUCUUCACGAAGAAUGGCGCCCUGCUCAACUCGGUUUUCGAUAAUUUGCCGCGCUCUGGAGUGAAUCUCCACCCUGCAGUUGGAUUGCGCCAUACUGCGGAAGCCAUUCGUGUUAACUUCGGUUCUGCCCCUUUCCGCUAUGCUAUCACAGAUCAUGUGCGUGCACAAAGAGAUCAGAUAUGGGGGUCGAUUGUGGGCACCGAAGACGGUCAGGGUAUGGGAAAAUCCAGCAGCCACGAGGAUGGCGAGAAGAGAGACGAGAUGUCGGCUAUUCUCGAAAGCUCAAAGGAGAAAGAAGAAGCGAGUGCCACGAUGCAGAAUUUGAUUUCUGCAUAUCUCUCCCAUCAUGGAUAUGCACGCACGGCACGGGCGUUCCGAGAGCAAUGCACGAAGAGCAAGAAACUUACCACGACUGAUGGUAUUUCUGUGAAGAACGAAGAAGCGGACGUGGCUAUGGAGACGGAGGAGACACCGGGUGCUGGUUCGUCUCGCGACGCAAUGAACACGACUGACCCUGCAACUUCCAAAGAGCAAUCACACCAUGUGGAUCCUGAGACCGAAGAUCUUCAGAACCGUCUGUCCAUCUUACAGGCGGUGCGUACUGGCGAUGUAGAUGUGGCAAUAGAAGGUUUGCGCAUGCAUCACCCUCAAGCGCUGGAAGCGCAGGAAGGGCUGCUGUAUUUCCGACUGCGCUGCAGGAAGUUUGUGGAGCUGGUGCUCAAGGCAGGCGAGGCUACGAGGCGGGCAAAGGAGGCGACCGAACGGGAAAAGAAUGUAAAGACUGCGGAGAAGAUGCACCGGGGAGGCACGGGCGGGGGCGCUGAGUAUAUGCUUUCAAGUGUCGACGAGAAUGGGGCAGAGUUGGAUGGCGAGGGCGCGAUGGAUGUGGACGACCCGUCGCCCGAUGCCCGUGUCCUAUCCACUGCAUCAGACCAGCUUGUGUCUGCGUCCGACCUCACUAGCGCUAUUACAGAACAGGCGCGUGCGGCCCUCCACACUGCGCUGUCAUAUGGCCAGGGGUUGGAGGCGGACUUCAAGUCCGACACACGCGAGGUUGUGCGCACACAUCUUCGCCGCACGUUCGGACUCGUCGCCUACGAGGACCCGGAGCGCGAGGGCGGCGAGGUGGGCGCGAUGGCCGGCCAAGAGGCCCGCGUAGAGCUAGCUGGGGAAGUCAAUCAGGCCAUACUAGAGUCUCAAGGACGCCCAGUCCAUCCUGCUCUUGAAACCAUCUUCCGCCAGGCCGGUGCAUGUGUCACCCAGCUGGGUCUCAUGGGGUGCGGUCCCGCGGCGUUCGUGGAUGUGCGACGGGAGUUCCUCGAGACCUGA